AUGGCGAGUCGCAAGCGCAAUGCCACAUUAGAAGAAUUCAUAGAAAUUUAUAAGUCGGAACCUUGUCUUUGGCGCGUAAAGUGCAAAGAAUAUCACGAAAGAGACAAACGAUCGACAGCAUACGAGAAAUUGAUAACUAAGCUCAAGGAAUUGGAGCCAACUGCUACAAAAGAUGAUGAUGCUGACAAUUCGACUGAAAAUACAAUAGAUACUACGGAUAAUGCUGCUGCAAAUGUUAGUACAGGGAAUACAGACGAUAUUAGGACACCUAAGAAUACUCCAUUACCUGCUACUAGACCGGGAAGAAAGAAAAUGACAGAGCAAGAUCACUUAACUACUGACAUAUUACUAUCCGUGAAAGACUAUUUUAAGCGUCCUGCUUCUGCUUCAGCAACAGAAGAUCGCUACGAUCUUGUGGAAAGAUCUAUCGCAAUGAAAUUAAAACCAUUAGACAAGCGUCAACGCUUGAUUGCGGAGAAGAUAAUUAAUGACACCCUGUUCGAUGCCGAGAUGGGCAAUCUGAAUACCGGAUCAAUUCAGAAUCGUCGAAGUUUAACUUUUAUUUCUUUACCAACUCCUAGUUUCUCACGAACUCCAAGUCCUUCACCCUCAAUAGUUCAACAAUAUUAA